AUGGCUGGGUACAAAGCUGAUGAUGACUAUGAUUACUUGUUCAAGCUGGUUUUGAUUGGUGAUUCUGGUGUAGGAAAAUCAAACCUGCUUUCCAGGUUCACGAGGAACGAGUUUAAUCUGGAGUCCAAGUCUACUAUUGGGGUGGAGUUUGCUACCAAGACUAUGAACGUUGAUGGAAAAACCAUUAAGGCUCAGAUUUGGGACACUGCUGGCCAAGAGAGAUAUCGAGCCAUUACAAGUGCAUACUACCGAGGAGCCGUGGGUGCUUUGCUAGUGUAUGAUGUAACUCGGGGAGCCACAUUUGAGAAUGUAGCAAGGUGGUUGAAGGAGCUGAGGGACCAUACCGACCCCAACAUUGUAGUCAUGCUCAUUGGCAACAAAUCAGAUCUUCGCCAUCUGGUGGCCGUCUCAAAAGAGGAUGGUAAAUCUUUUGCUGAAAGAGAGUCCCUCUACUUCAUGGAAACUUCUGCAUUGGAAGCAACCAAUGUAGAAAGUGCAUUUACUGAAGUCUUGACUCAAAUAUACCGUGUCGUAAGCAAGAGGGCAGUUGAGGCAGGCAACAACGGAAGUGCUACUGCUGUUCCGUCCAAAGGACAGACCAUAAAUGUCAAAGAUGAUAGUUCUGUUUUUAAGAGAAUUGGAUGCUGCUCAAACUAG